UUUAUGGUUUCGUUACGUAAACAGCCUUUAGAACUGUUGUGCUUUUCGUGGUUCGAAGCCUGAAUCAACAUGGCCGACAAAGUAGCGAUCGUAACCGGAGCGGCACAAGGUCUAGGAGCCGCUAUAACUAGAGCGCUUUUACGAGAAGGUUAUAAGGUAUGUGUCACAGAUCUUCAAGAAACGAAAGGGAAAAAAUUUGUUCAAGAACUGGAAAAAGAAUUUGGAUCGGGUACGGCCAUCUUUAGCUUAUGUGAUGUUUCGAAAGAAGAAGACUUAAAAAGGACUUUCGAUUUGACAGUCACUACGUUCAAGACGGUGAAUCUUUUGGUGAACAAUGCAGGCAUUGUGUGGGAACAGAACCCGAGAAAAACGAUAGAUGUCAACUUAAUGGGUCCUAUCUAUGGUUGUCAGCUGGCCCUGAAGUACAUGGGGAAGACAAAUGGUGGAAAAGGAGGAGUUGUGAUCAAUAUAUCUUCGCUUGCAGGCUUUCUUACUUCAGCGGCCUUACCUUGCUACCAUGCUUCCAAGCAUGGCAUAAUCGGCUUAACGAGAAGCUAUGGGCUUCCAUAUCAUCUUGAAAGAGAUGGAGUGUUAUUUGGUGCUGUUUGUCCACAUUUCAUUGAUACGGACAUUUUAAGAAACCCAAAGGGAUUGGUCGAAGGUUUGGAUCUGGUAACCGAUAAUCGAAGCAUGAUGAGCCCAGAUUAUGUAGCACAAGGCGUUUUAAAGAUCUUGGAAGACAGAAUAAAUGGUGGCACACUAGCUGUCUCCAAAGAGAAAGGAUAUCAGUACAUUGGAAUACAGGAAGAAUUGAGUGAUUUUACAUGCACAGUGAAACCUCUCUAAAACGACUACUUCCGGUUCCGGCGAAAAUCAGUCGUUAAGGGUGCUGUAAAAUUGUCAAUAAUUUCGUUAAACAUCCGCGUUGUGUCAUAAGAGCAAAGAGUUGUAAUAAAACAUCAAUAAAAUGAC